AUGCUUCAGAGUAGUGGAAAAUUAAGAAAGAGCAGCCGUGUAGAACCUAGUAUUUACCAGGCAUGGGUACCUCCGUUAUUUUCAGAGCCUAACGGCGAAGACGAAAUAAAGAUUUCAUUCAAAAGGUGUGAACGUCUAUAUGAGCCCAGCCUUGCUAAGAAUGAGAACUCCGAUAAAAAAGCUUGUGAAACCCUUAAAAACUUGAGAUUUUUACUUAGAGGCAUGGAAACUGAUUUUAAUUACCUUUCGGGUGAAAAGAUAUUAGAGCAUAUGUCUAAAAAUUAUGCUUCAGAAUCACAACGCUUUCCUUUAUACGCGGAAAAGUUAAUAUUAACAAGAGAUGAAGAUCUAAAAGUAGCAAAUUUUUCUUCAAUAAAAAAUAGAAAUGAUUUUGAUUUGACUAAUUUGUUUAAGAAUGAGCUCAGCUGGUCAAUAAACAAAUCUCAAAAGACUUUUUCAACUCAAAAAAAUGUCUUUGAUGAAACAAAAAUAUCCAGCAAAUCAGUUAAUAAAUCAACAGUAGAUUCUAGUCCUGUCUCCUAUGGUAAACUUUGGGAAAUGACAAUAAAUCAACAAAUUUUCAUUAACAUUAUAGAUAAUUGGAGAAAGAGUGUUAGUUUUAUAUUCAAUGAUAAUUACAAGAACCUAAAUUAUACUUUAAAUGAAGGACUUGAGUUGUUAAGGGAAGGAAUAGAAUUAAGUAAUAAAAUUAGACUUCCGGAAUUGGAAUCACUUGUAAAUGCCGUUGAAUAUUCGGUAGCAUUUGAAGAAAAAAUCAAAAAAUUACUUUCUAUAGAGAACGAAUCAACGGUUGAUUUGGGAUCUCUCAAAACAACUUGCAAGAUCCCAAUUACAGAGCUGUAUGAGCUGUUAAAAGAAGGUGAAAACUGUGUUUUCAGGUCAAAUUAUUUGGAUUUCUUAAAAUCCCAAUUAGAAAAAUUGAAGUCUUGGAGAAGUAAUGUACAAUCGGCAAUAAUUGAGAAAAAUUUGGAUAAAUGUAAGGAUUCUAUUAAAGAUAAGGACGAGAUACUAAUCGAAUUUACUGGAAUAAAUGACCUAAAUGAGCAAAUAGCAGCAAGUAACUGGAUUGAAAAAGUAGAAAGAAGCCUAAGUCGUCCAAUGAAAUUAAACUUUGCAGAAAAUUUGCUAAAUGAGCCUGCAGCAAAAUUUUUGGAUGAAAAAAAUGUGUCAGCAAAACAACAAUUGAUUAAUAGAGUUAGUAAGGCCCAAGAAUGGCUAAAUAUUGUCCAAUCUCCACCUUUUGUAUACAAUUUAGUUGCUGCUUGUAAGAUUACAGCACCAAAUGACAUUUCUGAAACUACACAAAAUAUUAUUGAUCAAGCAAAAGUAUUCAUGGAAAAGUCCAAAGAGUGGAAGCUCCCAAAACCUAGUGAAUUUGAAAAAGUUUGGCUCGAAAGUUCAACACUUAAAAUUAUUAUUCCUUUGAUGAAAUACAUGGAGCCUGUAUAUUUACGUUGGAGAAAGUGGAAUAAGAAAUACAAAAGAUUAAUGGAUGGUUUGUGUAUUUACAUGGAAGCGCAAUUAAUUCUAGAAGAAGCAGAAUAUACAUUAUGCGAAUAUCUAGAUAUGAGUGAAUACCUCCCGGAACUGCGAAGAAAAAUUGAAGAGAGUGGUAAUUGGCUAAAUACAAGUAAGGAGUUCCUAAAAACUGUUUCCGAUUUUCACACUAAACAAGAUAUUAACUAUGUUUCUUCAAGCAUUUGGAAUACAAUUUCUGGAAUAAAAAAAGGGAAUGAAUUUUCAAGACUUGAAAUUCAACAAGUUUUGGACUUCAUGAACUCACAAUUUCAAGAACGCUUAAGUUAUGGAAAACUUAAGCAAUUGAUAGAGACAGGAAAUGAGCUUACUAUAUAUGAAAUGACAAUUCUACAAGAACUUACAUCCUGCCAGGAUGGCUGUGAAAAAUGGUUAAAAAAAGGAAAAGAAUAUUUAAAAUGCUCUAAGAUUUCUGGAAUAAAUACUGCAACUGUAAUCAACUUGCUUUUAGAGCGCAGUUGCAUACUAGUUUCAAAAGAAACAGAGGAUUCUCUUUUUGCCGAACUACAUUUUAUCCUUUGGAAAAUGGACAUUAAUAAAAUCCAAGCUCCUAUUAAUGACUUCGAGUUAAAUUCACUUAUUAAAAGAUUUAACGACAUCAACUCAUAUAUUGAUUUUGAUCAUUCUGAUUUAUCAAAAACAGAAAGUGUGGCUUUAGUUCAAUCUAAGAAACUGAUGGUUUUAUCUUUACCAAAUAUAAAAAAAGAAAGCGACGAAUUUGUCUCACAAAAUAACGACUCAACAGUUCAUAGCUUGAAUGCAUGCGAAAGUAAUGCAACGCAGCCUGAAGCAAUCUUUUGUACAAAAAGCCCUGAAAUUAACAUCAAAGAAUUAGAUAUUCAACAAAUAAAUAUAUCACACUGGAAUCAAAUAAAAGAACUCGAAGCCACUGCAUUUAUAGAAAAAUUACAAAAUAUACUAAUUUAUUGGACUGAUUUAAUUCAUCAAUAUGAGACUGAAAAAAAAGAUAUUGUAACUUGGCGUAAUAUUUUAGAAAAUCUCAAGCAUCUACCAAUAUCGUUUAAUGAACUAGAAUCAAAAAUAAACAAAAUGAUGAAUGACUAUGAUCGAAUUGUUUCGAUUCUUAAAGUUGGAGAUGAAGAAUCUAAUAAUUCACUUGACUUGAAACACCCAUUUUCACUUUUAAACUCUUAUAAAAGACUUAGUGAAAUAAAUUUUGAGAUUUCUGAUCUACCAAUAAGAAUUAUUGAAUGGGACAAAUGGCAGAUAUAUCUUGAUGAAUUAAACCGCUGUGAUGAAUAUACUCUCUCAGAAUUCUCAUAUUUAAAAGAAAUAGAGGGUGCGUGUUCAAAUAUUGAAGACACAAAUAUUGUUCAGAUCGAAAGAAAAACAGUGAUAAAUUACCUAAAUAAUAUAAAUGAGAGACUUACUUCAAAGUCUUUAUGGGGUAUCACUGAUUUUAGAAACAUUUUAACUGAGUUAAAGUAUACUGGUAGAUUAAUUCAGGAUUUAUCUAUAUGCGAAUGUUGGAUAAAAGAUGUUCAAGGUGGUAAUUCUUUAAAUGGUUCAAUGGGAAUUGAGUAUUGGAAUAGUUUGUUACAAAAAGGUAGAACAAUUAGAAUCAUUGACCACGAAAUUUUCAAGGAAUUUGAAACACAAGUUAUGCAGUCAAUUGAAUGGAAUGAAAUAUAUCUUACAGUUCUCUCUUCCAAUACUUUUAAUAAAGCCAAUAAGUACAAGAAAAGUAAUAAGUUCCAAUAUAAUAAAAUACUCUAUAGCAUUGCAGAGCUUUUAGUUCGGGUUGAUUAUGGAAUUGGUGAAAGACUUAUUACUUUUAGAGAAUUGAAGAAAAGUGUAGAUUCUUUCAAUGAACUGCGUAGUCAAGGAAUUCAAUAUUUGAACAUAUGCAUUAAUGAAAGAAGAGAUAAGUUUUUUUCUAAAUUAUUAAAUAAAUAUUUAAAUAGAUUUCAAGAUAAAAAUGACCAAGAAUCAGAAAUUUCAAAUCAAAUUGAUUCAAUUAAAAAUUUUACUUUAAGCCUUAAGAACCUCUUAGAAAGUUGUAUUAAACACCCAAUUUCUAUGAAUAUAACAAGCUAUAUUCAAGAAGAAAUAUCAUUACGUGAAAUCAAUGAAAAAAUGUUCAAUGCAUUAAUAAAUAAAGAAAAUCCUUAUUUUUCAACCAUCUCGCACAGUGUUCCUAUUACUUUGAAUGAGUCAAAGAUCCUCACAUUCAAUGAAGCAAGUGAUAUUGUUGAUUUUAUUAUCGAAAAUAAAUUGAACAUCAUGCCAGAAACCAAUUCAAAUAUGAAUGAAACCAAAGAUUUUCAAACCAAUUUUUCUGAAAUUACGAGAGAAAAUCAACUCACAAUUAACGAACUUAAAGAAAUAGUUUUAAAUUCUGAAUCAUUUGUAUUGAAGGAACCUGAUCUAACUGAAAUAUCGGCUGAAAAUAAAUAUAUAGACAUUGAUCUGUUUGAAAAAUUUAAGAAAGCUGUAUACAUAUCAAAUGAAUGGUUGAAAAUUUAUAAGAUGUUUCAUUUUAAUAUAACUGAAAAUCAAAAAACUGAAAGUUUUCAUAGCAAAGAAAUUUCAGAAAACUUGUUAUCAUACAACGUAAAAUCUUCACUAGAUUAUUUGAUCAAAGAAUAUCUUGAAAGUGACGCAGGUGUCUCUUUGAUCAAUUCUACGCCACAAAAAGGUCAUUUUGUCAAUAAACUUAAAUUUCAAUUAAAUUGGAAGCAAAUCCUUGAUAGAUACAGUAACUCAAAUAUAACUGAUUUAAUUCCAUUUCAAGAAAGAAAUAAUUAUUUAAUUAGAAGGUUACUAAACGUUCUCAAAAUUGAUGAAAGUUUUACUGACUUAUCAAUGCCUGACAAGGAUGUAACAUGUAAGAAUGAACAAUCUCACGAAUUAUUUUGUAAUGACUAUUCGAAAUAUAAUGUCUCUUUGUCUAUGAACCUCUUACAUUAUUUAAGGAACAAUAAGAAUGCUUUAUCUAAUAAUGUAAAAUCAUAUUAUGAAGAUUUAUUAAACUCUAUUAAAUCAUAUAUUAAUGUUAAAUAUUGCAAGCAUUUAUCUGAUGAUGAAAAAUUUAAUAUUGAACAAUUAGAGGAAUGUCUGUCCGCUAAUGGCUUUUUGAGAUCGAGAGAAUCAGAAUAUAAAAAUGAAACCACACCAGAUCCUAAUUUUCCAACGCAGAAUAUAAAUUACAAAAGAAACAAAAGGUCUAAAUCCUUAAUUAAUGGAGAAAAGCUUAAUGAAGAAAAUAUUGAUGGUAUUAUCAAUCUAUUAAAGAAUAUUGAAAUGCCAACUAUAGAAUUAUCCCUUUUUCUAAUUAACUACGGAAAAAGGUUUAUUAAAUUUGGAUUAAAAGAGUUGUCUGAUUUAUGCCAGAUGGUUGAGUUCUCAUUGCUUUGGAUGACUUUAAUUGUUCAUAGAUUCCCCAUUAUCAUUAAAACUAACUUGGGAGAUGAUAUCGAUGAAAUAAAUUGCAUUGAACCAGCAAAGAAACAAAAUGAUUUAUUUAUUUUUGAAAGUUGGGAAAAAAAUGUUUGUUUUGAUUUUUUUGAUUCAAAUAAUAUUCUUAUUAGCAGUAUUAACAUUAGUGAUAUAGCUAAUUUUGAAUGUAAGCAUAUUCAACGCACUUCAUCACUCAAAGAAUUCAUUUCUUUCAUUGAGACAUGCGACCAAUUACCAAUCCAAAUACCAAUGAAAUCAAGGCUUGUCAAUAUUUUAGUAGAUUCGUUAAAGUGGGCAAUUUCUGCUAGAGAAGCAAUAUUACUAUUACCUAAUAAUACAAUUUUAUCCCCAUGGAUGCAUAUUGAAGGAAAAGUUAAAGAAAUUACCCCAAGAUCGAAAAAAAGCAAAAUAAUGAAAACUAUCAGUCUUGAUAAGAAUAGUUAUAAUAUCCAAGAAGAAGAAAUUAUGAAUAUCCUAUCUGGUCUCAACAUUUAUGAAUGUGAACCUGGUUUUAACCUCGAAAAAAAUAAUGAAAUUGGCAUACAAGUAAAAAAACCUCCAAGGCCAAGAGGAAGGCCUAAAAGAGAACAAGCUGAUCUUACAAAGAAUGACUCACAAUUUGAAGACGUAUUUAAUAAUAUUUGUCUGGAUUAUAAGGAGAUAGAUCAAUCGCCAAAUUGUAUUUUUCCUAAGUCAUUUUAUUUGUGGUUAUUGGACAAAAACAAUAAAAAUGACUUUAAUGUUAAAGAAUUAUUAUCAAUUUUAAUGAUUGAUGAAGAUGAAAAAAGUUUUAAAACAAAUAAUUUACAAAGUUGUGAUUCAAACACUAGAUCUGAGAACGAUUACUUUUAUUGGAAUAGGAGUAGCAAAUCAGGCCCAAAAGAAUCUGUAAUUGAUGAAAAUGAUAAAAAAAUUUGCUUAUCCCAAUAUAUUGGAUUGAUCGAUCCAAGAAAUUAUCCAAAAAAGGAGAUUUAUAAAAAUAAACUGUUGAUAGACUACAUUCUUUGUAUUGAAGUAUAUAAUAGUAUUGAAAAAAAUCCUGCAAAAUUAUGUUCUAUUUGUUCCAAUUUUGGGAAACGAAAAAAUAACAUUAGUCCAGCUUUAGGUUGCAAUAGUCGCUGGAUUGCAUGUGAUGAAUGCAUUCGCUGGUACCACCAAGAUUGUGUUGAAUAUUCUUUUAAAACCAAUCACUUCCCUGGGAAAUUAUCCAAUAAUUCUAGCUUGGCAAAUGAAUUUUCAUCUUGGAUUUGUCCUUCAUGUACUUUGAGAUCCGAAACUUCAAUCAGUCGCUCUGCUUCUAUUAUUAACUUUUUGAAGAACAGUAUCAAUUUUGAACUCUGCCACAAUAAUAAUGCUUACAUACUUUCAGAUAUACACUGUAAGUCUAUUGAUCAAUCAGAAGAGAAUGGCAUUUCUGAUAGUUUGUUAAAGAGAGAAGUCCCUUCUCUAGAAAAUCUUAAACAAAUUAUGAAGAAAAGUCUUUCUGAAAAAAUUUUUUUUAUUAAACUUCACGAAAGAAACAUAAUUGCAAACACAUUUUACUUGCAUAAUGUUUGGGUAAAUGACUUUUACAGAUUAUUUAAAUGGGAUCAGUGUGAACUUUCGGAAUUUAAUUCUUUAGUUUUUAUUGAUCCAUUUGAAAUACAGGAACCUUUGAUAGAUAGAGACUUAAUAUUUAAAGAAAAGAGUGAGCCAUCAGAUGAAAUUGAAAUAAAUGAAAUUUUAGGAAAAGAAAAGGAAAUUGAGCACUAUAAAGUUAUUAAUAUUUCUAAUAGUACGCAAACUAGCCGUAAAGGUAGAUUAUUAAAGAACAAAAUUUCAGCAAAGGAAAUGCUAAAUCCCAAGUUAGCUUCUGUUAAACCAAAAAAAGGAAGGAAGAGACGUAUUUUGUUUCCAAACAAAAUGGUUGCAAAACAAAUCAAAAGAAACAUUCCAUCUACUAUGAACAAUUUAACUCGUACUUUACAAUUAAACUUUAACAUGAUCUUCCAGGAUAUUAAUAAUGAAUAUCUGUGUAGUAUUGAUCCAGAAUAUAUAGGCAGAAUUAAAAUAAUUGAGCCAGGCUCAUCAAAACCCUUAGAAAUUGAUGAAGUUUUGAAUUUGUACAUUAAUGCAACUUUAAUUGGCUUGGAUGGGGUUGUUGAAAUAGAGUGGUUGUAUUGCAUAUUGAAAUAUUUGGUAUUCUUCAAUUCGAAGUUUGCAAGUUAUAGUGAAAACCUCGCAAUAUUGAAAAAUUUUCAAUUAUCUGAGGACUUAUCGUUUAUAAAUACUCUAAAGCAUCAAAAGAGGCUUUCUUGGGAGGAUUUCAAAUAUAUUUUAGUUCACUUUUCGCCAAACUUUCCAAUCAAACUUAAAUCUUACAAAAUUUUUUAUUUUAAUUUACCAAAGGCGAGAUUUUUGCAGUUACAAUGUUUAUCAAUUUUUAAUUGCAUUAAAAAUUUUAGCCAGGAAAACUUUACUAAGCCUCUAAGUACAGAUCAAAAUAAUCGUAAUUUAUUUACAAAUCCGGAGCAAUUCAAACUAAAUGGGAAAAACUUUAAAACGGAAGUUGAAUCUUUAUUAAUUAAUAUCGUCAAAUCUGGAAUAAUAAUUCCUGAAGAAAAUAUUAUUUCUCAUCUCUUGUUAACAUAUUAUUUGGAAUCAAUUUUACUACUUUAUGGAAAGCAAAUUUCAAAUGUUUAUUGUAAUCAACUUAAUCCAAAACCUUUACAUUCUACUUUGGUUAAGAUAAAUCAACAAAUUUUAUUUUGGAAAGAGUCGGAUGCCAAUCUCACGAAAAUCUAUAAUUUUAGGCUCAUACCACCAGAAUAUUAUGGUCUUGUUUUUGAAGAUGAAAGCGUAUGUUUCCAAAAUCAGGAAAACAAACCAAUUACACGUAUAAAACGCUUUAUUAAAUGUUUUGAAACAAUUCAAGAUUCCAUAAAUCAAUGUAAUGAAUGGAAUGAAAGAUACAAAUUUUUAAUGGAAACACCAAACGAUUUUGAAGUUUAUGUUGAAUUUCUCAAGCAGGGCUUAAACCUACCUUGCAUUUACCCAGCCGUAUAUUCUUUUGGAAAUAUAUUGGCUUCAAUUGAGAGCUACGAAGAUUUCGUUAAUCAAGUUUUUGAUAAUUCAGGCAAUUUGAAUUCUCUUACAAAAGUUUCAAAUCCUCCAGGAAGCUUCAACCAAACCCUUACACAAACGCCAGGUACAAUUGUUGGUUCCAACCAACCUUCGUUAAACCCAAAAUUUGAAAAUAUCCAGAUAUUAAAGAACGUUAAAGAAUUUUUAAAAAGUCUUCCAAUACAAAAAAAUGAUCUAAUAUUAAAAAUAGAUCAAAUGGAAGAAAACACACAACGUUUUAUCGAAGGCAUUAAACAAAAAAUACCUCAAUUAAAGCAACUUGGCUCAACCGAAGCUUUAAUUACUCAACUACAACUAAUUAAAGAAGAGGCAAUUCAUAAAGUUCCAAUAAUUGUUAAUAAUGUGCCUGAACUUAGAGAACUACUGAAUAAUAUUCCCGAUUUUGGUUCUCCUCACCACAACUUGUUACUAAGAACUCAAUUCCUUAUGUCCCUACAAUGCCCCAUUGCUAAAUUAAGAAAGCCGCUUAACCCAUUCCCAAAUAUCCCCGAAACUUCUUCUAGUUUACACAAUAUUAUCGGGCAAAACCAAUCUAAUGAGCUUUACCAAUUAGAAACCAAAGGAGAACUGAUAGAUUCUCAGGUAAAUAAUUCCAACAAAUCGAUCUUACAUGUAUUGAAUGGCGCCAAUAACAAAUUUAACACAUCUUGCCAACUACCAAACAGUAUGUCAUUUAUUUGGCAAAACUUGGUCCAACAAGGAAGUAACCCUAUGAUGAAAAGUUGUUGUUACUCAAUUGGUGGAGGUUCAUGCACGGACCCGAAUAAUUUUAAUACAGAUUGGUGUUCUUUGAUGCAUAUAAAUGAUGAGGACUCAAACGAUAUUCAAUAUAAGUUAAACUCUUCUAAAACUGACGAAUCUACAGAAAUUCAUAAAAGAAUAUCUACAAAUUCCACAGAUAUUAAUGACCUAGUGAACUAUUUUAUAAAGUCUGCAUUAAACGGAGUAUCAGUUGAUAUUUAUGAUCAUACAAGCCAGUCUUUUGUUUCUGGAAAGUAUUACAUUAACCGAAAUUUAAACAUUAUAACAUUUAAAUCUCCUGUCCAUACGAUAAUUAUCCCAUUUAAAGCUAUAAAUACGCUUUUAAACAGUUCGGAGUUUAACUACUUGUAUUCUAAUAGCAAUAAUACGUUAAACGAUUAUAAUAAGCAAAUCAUUACAAUUAUUUUCGAUUCCAAUAUGGAAAAAAGCGACACUGUUUCAGUUCUUUUUAAUGAUCAGAACUCCGCUAAUAAUUUCUUGCUUGUAGUAGAAAUUUUGAGAUACAACGAAAUGAGCGAAGAAUGUUACAGAGAUAAUUCCGAAGAAUCAGCAAUAGAAAAUAAAAUCCCAAAUUUGCAGUAA